AUGAGGCAAAUCAAAAUUCGACUUGACCUUUUCUGCGACGUUGUUCUUGUCUUGCUUAUCAUUUCAGAACUUGUCAUCUUGUUAAAUGAAGAAGUGGACGCAAAAACCUUCGGAAUGAACAAUAAUAACCAUACCGAAUUAAUAUUUGAGUUCAAUAAUACAUUACCCUCCUCAUCCGUAGUUCCGUUUUUGUUCAACAUCACAAAAGAGAAGGAAAAUGACAAUUUGAAAAUAUUUGGUGGAUGCGGCAGCUUUCCAUGUAAUUUCAUGAUCAUCAAAGGACAAGAUUAUUUGGAAUUUUUGAAAAAUCCAUCUUUGGGGCUUUUGAGAAAGAAUGCCGCUCGCUUAGGACUUUUAAACACCACUAAUGUCGAUGAUACCUUACUCUUUGUGGGAGAUGUUGGCCUGUAUGCGUUCAUCGUUGUGAAUUCUAAUGGCAAUGAUACAUGGCUCAGUGUUAGGGCUGAUUUCAAAUAUAGUUAUGGAAGGCAUGUGGUACUUUUCUUGCGACAAUAUUGGUACAUUGUUCUGAUCACUGGCUUGGUCAUUGUCGUCAUUGGCCUCGUUGUUGCAUUUGUUGCCAAUAAGGCGAAAGGAAGAGAGAUGCUCAAUGGAAUGACCUCUUACUCUAAAAAGAAUUCCCAGCAAAAGAGAGCCUUACUUACUGAAGAAGAUGCUCUUUCAGAGUCAUUUAUUGAGAUGGCUACCAUGGAUUCUAUCAUCACACAUGAAACAAAUCCCUCCUCUCUGGCCUUAGAUUCUACAGGUGAUAAGAAACACAGCUUAUAG